AUGGCUCUUCUCAGUGAGAUCUCGGUCUCGUCGGAGUCCUCGCUGCAGAUCGUGAGAAGCCACUUUGAGCAGAUCAGUGGCGGUCAGUGGGUGAUGUUGUCCAGCGGCAUGUGCGACUUGGAGACCAGGCGUGUUCUGACCGCCAUGUUUAUCACGCUGGUCCAAACGCUGUCCGCCAACGUCUUGGGUCUGAUGGUUCCUGAGACUCGUUGGACAAACACCAGGACUCCCCUGAUCGAGCAGGAGGUGUCCGCGAAGGUGAACCGUGUCCUUUUUGAGGAGCAGGAGGAGGGUUCUGUGAUGGUGGACUCCCUCAUCAGCAGCGAGAGUGUGGCUCGCAGCAUGAUCGAGACGGGAAACUCCUGCCUCAAGAAGUGCCUUUGCUCCUUGUUCUGCUCCUGCGGCCGCCGCGCUGCCACAAAGAAGUCGGAAUCUUUGUAA